UGUCGUGUUGCGGAUCAUUUAAAUAUUCGCAUUGUGAAUAACUUUUUAUUAAUUAAAAAACGCAUGAGGAUUAAUAUACGCUCUGACACAGACAUUUUCUAUAAACAAAUAUGGCAAGCCAGAUCAAAAAAGUAAAAACUGAGGAGUUGCCUUCAAAACCAUUCACAAACAGUGGUGUUUAUGAUGAUGAAGUAACGCUUGUAUUUGGAGCCAUUGAAGAGAAGAAGUUGUUUGUUCCACGUAGUUUUCUAUGCAUUGCCUCGCCUGUAUUCAAGGCUAUGCUCAAACAUGACUUUAAAGAAAAGAAGAAGAAAAGUAUAAAGAUGAUCGGGAAAAAAUACGAUGAUUUUCUUGAUUUUCUUUUGUGUAUUCAUCCGGGAAUUCAGAAACCAGUGGAAGUUUCGAAUGUUCUUUGCAUUGUUUCCUUUGCGGAAGAAUACCAAGUAACUCCGAUGGUGGAGAAAUGCAAGAUCGUCAUGAAUUCAAUACUAUCAAAGGCUGAAGAAAAAGAAGAAGGAUCAUAUGGCAGAAGUAGAAUUCUGUAUCAGUUGGGAUCAGUAAGAAAUUGCUUCUACGUGUUGAAGUCUGCCGAUACUCUAAACUAUACAGAUGUCGUUAAUCUAGCUGUGAAAACGAUCGCGAGAUUUGGACAUUGCUGUUACACUGAUGAGGAGGAUAUCAAUGUUGAACGUAAAUUUUGCUUGAGUAACCAGAAUUUACAGACGACAUAUGGUCAGGGAAGCAAACAAACGUAUGGAGAUGUUCGUAAAGAAUGCGUUUCUAUGUUAAAAAAACUCUCAUUAGAGCUGCGUUGUAGAAUUUUAUCUACAAGACUGACGCUCGUUAACGUCGAUAGUUUUAAAUGAUAAGGAUAACAUAAGUAUGCACGAUCACCACCAUCAUCAUCAUCUUCAGUAAGCGUCUCAAUCUAGAGCGAUUUGAGUAUACUAGCGACUUGAUGUUGCAUAAGACUGACUAAUUGUUGUUAUUUUAUUUUGUACUGUUACAGGUAGUCAAUCACAUUUAAGCAACAUUAUAUGACGUUUUUCAUUUAUGAUGUAUUAUGUUAGAGAUUUAGUCAAGGAACGAAAUGACCCAUUUCAUUGAGUUAGAUCCCUAUAAGAAAUACAUGU